UGUGUUUCUUUCUUGGGGGGGUCAUGCCUAAAGUUAAGCGGGCGAGGGGAGCUGGUGGAGGAGCGGAGGCGAGCGUUUCUCUGGCUGAUCAGAUUAUCCAGGGCGAUUUAGUGAAGCCCAUUACGCGCGUGAAAGCGAGGGGUAAAGGGAGGAGGCGUGGCGGUGAGGAAGAGGAGGAUGAGUACGUGGAUGAGAAGCUCUCCCGGAGGAUCCUGGAGCAGGCUCGGAUCCAGCAAGAGGAGCUGGAGGCCGAACACGGCACUGGCAGGGAAGAGUCAAAGAAAAAGAAAACAACUGUCCUGGGACCUGUAUCAAAGGAUGGAAAUUCAGAUACAGAGGACGAUGAGUGGCCAUCACUGGAGAAAGCAGCAACUAUGGAGAAAGGAGAUAAUUGUGAGGAGGUGACUGUGAAUAUGGAGGAUGAAAAGGCCAUUGAGAUGUUCAUGAACAAGAACCCACCAUUGCGGCGCACCUUAGCAGAUAUCAUCAUGGAGAAAAUCACAGAAAAACAGACAGAAGUAGAGACAGUGAUGUCAGAAAUCUCAGGUCGACCCAUGCCGCAGCUUGACCCACGUGUCCUAGAGGUCUAUAAGGGUGUCAGAGAAGUACUGUCAAAAUACAGAAGUGGAAAACUGCCCAAAGCCUUCAAGAUUAUCCCAGCAUUAUCCAAUUGGGAGCAGAUCCUUUAUAUCACAGAACCAGAGACGUGGACAGCAGCUGCCAUGUACCAGGCAACCAGAAUAUUUUCAUCUAACCUCAAAGAGAAAAUGGCUCAGAGGUUUUACAACUUGGUGCUACUUCCUCGAAUUAGAGAUGACAUUGUUGAAUAUAAACGUCUCAAUUUCCAUCUUUACAUGGCAUUGAAGAAGGCCUUGUUCAAGCCUGGAGCCUGGUUCAAAGGGAUCCUUAUCCCCUUGUGUGAGUCAGGAACAUGUACGCUGAGGGAAGCCAUAAUUGUGGGCAGCGUUCUUACCCAGUGCUCCAUCCCUGUUCUUCAUUCCGGGGCUGCUAUGCUAAAGAUUGCCGAGAUGGAGUACAGCGGUGCCAACAGCAUCUUCCUCCGCCUGCUCAUUGACAAGAAGUAUGCAUUGCCCUUCCGUGUUGUAGAUGCUCUGGUCUUCCACUUCUUAGCGUUCCGGACAGAACAACGCACCUUGCCUGUUCUGUGGCACCAGUGUCUCCUGACCUUUGCCCAGCGUUACAAAGAAGACCUCUCCUCAGAGCAAAAGGAAGGCCUGUUGGAGCUGCUCAAGUUCCAGAGCCAUCCUCAGAUCUCUCCAGAGAUCCGCAGGGAACUGGUGAAUUCGAAGUGUCGGGAUGUGGAGGGAAUGCAACCAGAGGCAAUGGAGUGACCUGAAGAUGAAAAAAAGAAUUAUGCCCUAGAACGUUUCAGUUGUGUGGUGGUGACUUUGCUUCAAGAUGAAGAAGGCAGCUGGGUUGGUGUCGCAGCUGUAGCAAAUUGUUUUUGCACCUUCUCUGUUGUGAGUCUGCAUGAGUUCCUUAUGCAAAAGGGAGAGAAUUUAUAACCUUUUCCCAACUUGGGCCUGUUUUGGAUUCCCAUCCCCACCCCCACUUACUAAACCCUUUUGUGCUAGAGUUGUAAAAAUCUGUGGCCUUUGAUCUGCAAGGGCUGCAAUUAUAUUUCUGCCUUUUUAAGGUAGUAGGGGAUGAAUGCUUUAACAAAGAGCUGUUGGACUGCAUAUAGAAAUCUGCAGAUUUGCAAAAUACAUGUUAGAAUAAAUCAUUAUCAAGAAUUUACACUCUAAAGCAAAGAAGGCCACUUGGACUGUCAGUAACGUCUUUGUGUUCUCUUCAGUGCCCACCAGUUCAAUGACGGAAUCUGGCACACUGCCCCUCCUGCCAAGCCUCUUGAAUGGUCUUGGAUGCUGAGGAAAGGGGCAGCAGCUCUGCUUGGAAAAGGCACGCCACCUCCCACCCAUGUUGUAUUACUUUGGGCUGCUCUGCUUCUCCAGUGGUCCAGCCCAAGCUCAGUGUAACACACCUGAAAGAUAUGAGCUGCUUCUCAGUGGGCAAUCAGUCCUCUCUUUCAGUACUGAAAGCAUGGAUGGCCUGAGUCACUGGGAAGACAGAGGCCAUCCCUAGCAGAGUUCAAAACUAAGUUAAGUAGCAUUUGGCUUGAGGCAAGCUCUGUCCCGGAACAAGCCCUUAGAAAGGUACUAAUUCAAUUCUCACCUGGUGUCAUAGAAUCAUAGAGUUGGAAGGAAUCUCCAGGGUCAUCUAGUAUAACGCCCUGCCCAAUGCAGGUAAUUCACAACUACCUCCCCUUACACCCCCAGUGACCCCCUGCUCCAUGCCCAAAAGAUGGCAAAAAAACCCCUGCAGAAUCCCUGCCCAAAGUGGCCUGGAGAAAAUUGCUUUCCGGCCUCAGCGUGGUGAUUAGCAUUACCCUGAGCGUGUAACUAAGCACUGAUGUAACCCUUCCUGUGCUGCCUCUCUUGAUCUGUCUAGAUUCAUAGAAUCAGCAUUGCUGUCAGAUGGCCAUCUAGCCUCUGUUUAAAAACAUCCAAAGGAGGAGAGCCCACCACCUCCCAAGGAAGCCUGUUCCACUGAGGGACCGCUCUAACUGUCAGGAAGUUCUUCCUAAUGUUUAGCCAAAAAUUCUUCAUUUAAUUUCAACCUGUUGGUUCUGGUCUGACCUGGGGCAAUGGAAAACAACUGUGCCAUCCUCUAUAAUGACAGCCCUUCAAGAAUUUGAAGAUGGUUAUCAUAUCACCUCUUAGUUGUUUCCUCUCCAGGCUAAACAUACCAAGCUUCUUCAACUUUUCCUCAUAGGACUUGGCUUCUAUAUCCUUAAAUUGUGAUCUCCAAAACUGAACGCAAAUACGCUAACCAGAGCAGAGUAAAGCGAUACUAUCACUUCACAUGAUCUCAGUACUGUACUGUUGGUACAGCCCUCAUGUCAUAUUUUAUUAAAUCUAUACUUUGUGACUAACAAAAAUCAAAAGCAAAAUGGAAAAACUGGCUGUCACUUCCUUCAACUGAAGGCAAUCAAUACACAUCCUUCUAACCUACAAGAACAGCCUUCAGCCUUUCCAUCAUUGGGAUCAAACAUCUCUAGGAUGAUACCCUCAUCUGGUGGGGCUUUAUGGAACCGUUGGUCUGUCCCCAAGCAGCUCAGCUGGAAAGGAUAAUGUCCCAUUACUGGAAAAAUCUGUCUAUACCUGAUUUAGGAGCACACAGUGCCUUGUGAUCCCAUUUUGGCAAAUAUGAGAAAGUUUUCACAAAUAAUGAUCAUUCAAAUUACAAUGCAUAGUAUCAUCAUAGUAUAACUUCAGAAUCUGUUAUGCCUCCCGUCUUCCCUGCUUCAUUUUCCAUGAAAUCUGCCAUUCAACCUCAUUGAGGGUGAGCAAUUGGCUUUCUAGGUUUCUAGCAGUAGCAUCCUAAGCAAUAUUACACCUUUCUGCACCUGUUAAGACAAUGGAGUUAGAAGGAUAUAACUCAACUUAGGAUAACUUUUUUUUAUUUUGCUACUGGUACAGCUACAGCAGUAAAUGUACACACUACUUAGUUAAGGCUCAGACUGCUAAUUUAUGACACUGGAGAACAUAUGCAAUUUAAUAGUAUAUAUAACAUUCAGAAUAUCAUUUGUGUAUCUAGCGACAUCAUCUCAGAAAACAUGUAUAAAGUGAGCCCAGGUUUUCCAGUUUUGAUUACUGUUGUUAAUCCUAAAAAACAGAAAUAGUCCCUUUAAAAUCUAAUGUAUGUUCUUUCAUUGUGGUUCUUCCGUUGUAGCUCUAGGAAAAGAAAACUUUGCCUAUUAAAUUUCCGUCUGA